AUGAGUUUAUUUGGUGGAUCGAAACUAGGUACUACUUCAGCUCCUAUUUUUGGUACUUCAACUUCUGCACCAGCUUUUAGCUUUGGAACUGCCACUUCAGGCGCAGCUAAUAAACCAAUUUUUGGCUCCACUACGACUACACAGCCAUCUUUGUUUGGCGCUUCGACAACACCUACUUUUGCACAACCUGGAGGAUUAUUCGGCUCAAAACCUGGAACAACAACUUCAACAAGUCUCUUAUCAUCAGGGAUGAAGCCUGGCUUACCAGGCACUUCAACCACGUCAACUGCACAAGCUUCACAGGUCCCAACAUUACAGGAUUUGAUACAGAACUCAGAAUGCCUCAUUAGAUCGUUAACAUCACCAGAUCUUUUUGGCGAUGAAAGAGAUGGUAUUGUUGCGAAAUUAAAUCAGCUUUUGUCUGCAUGCGGAAUUGGUAACGGGUACUAUAAAGGCGAUCAGCAUCCCAUUUCCUACACCGCAGAAAACCCUUUUUACCAGUUUAAAGCGAUUGGUUAUAGUAGAAGAAGUGAUUAUUGUGAUAGCGAUGGCAUUGUAGCUCUAACUCUAGGAAUUAAUUAUGAGCAGCUUUCAAGUGCUACUCAGCGACAAAAAUUCAUAGAUACCAUGAAUCUUAUACUGGGUAAUAAUACCAAUGUCCGAGCGCACAUCGAACUUAUUCGUCCACUUCCAAAUAAUCAAACUGAAAUUUUGUUAUAUGUGACAGAGAAAGGCAAAGGCAGGUCAAGUAGCAAAGAAUUGUGUGCUUUCUUGAAACAACCUGCACAAGACACACAGUUGAAGAGUCAGCUUUGUGUUGUGAAUGUUCUAUCGCGUACAAUGGUAGAUGAUGUGAAAAAACAUGCUUUCAUCAAAAAUCCUCCAGCUGGAUUCGAUUCACAAAUUUGGCAACAAGCUGUUCGAGAAAAUCCAGAUCCUGACAAAUUGCUUCCUUACCCAAUCCGAGGAUUUGAGCAGUUACGUAAAAGGCAAGAAUUACAGGCAGCAGAGAUACGUGUUGAGGAACGUGUUAUUGAGGAACUGAAACAAAGACUUGUCCAAGUAAAUAAUAAAUUGACAGCAGGACAAAAUCAGUAUUUAUAUCAACGACAGAGACAUAAAGAAUUGUCGCAUCGUUUGUUACGUUGUUUAGCAAUGCAGUCUCUCCUUCAACAAUAUACAAUUAGCAUAGAUAGCGCGGAAGAGAAACUUGAAACACGUCUGGAAGCAUUAAAUGCAUCUCUUAUAGCACCUGACCAAAUCAAGAGUCGGAUUAAUGAUUUAUUGGCCAUUUUGCGUGACGAAGCAGAAAUUCUGAAAGCACCAAAUGAGAUGAGACUGAAAUUAACUGAAAGUGAUGUGAAACAAAUUAAAAGGUAUUUAUACCGAGCUCAGGAGGCACUCGAAACAGUUGUUGAUGUUGUACGUGAAAGUGCUGAUAUUCUCAAUAUUAUAGAAGCACAUCUCAAAUAA